GACUCACCAACCGUCAAAGCGAACAACAACAUCCACGAUGUCCGCCGUCCGAUUCACCCGCGCUGCCACGCGCGCUACCGCCCAGCUUCGCGCUCCCGCCCAGCGCCGAUUUGCCAGCACACAGAACGAGUUCAUCAAGGAGCGCCAGCACAUCAAGGAGCACGCUGCUGGUACCACUGAACUCUGGAAGAAGAUCUCCCUCUACGGUGUCGCCCCCUGCCUUAUCGCCGCCGGUGCCAACGCCUACUGGCUCUGGAGCGAGCACUGGGAGCACUGGUCUCACAUGCCUCCUCUGGAGGAGCGCACCGAGUACCCUUACCAGAACAUCCGUACCAAGAACUACCAGUGGGGUAACGGAGACAAGACUCUCUUCUGGAACGACGAGGUCAACUACCACAACAAGGAUAAGACCUCCUAAGUAUGAUCUGUUGAUAGUUCAUACGUCAGACAAUUGCUGGACCACCUUUUUAUGGACUGCUCCCUCUGGAGAUGCCUCGUACAUGUUCCCUAGACUCGAAUUGACCGAUUGUUGAAGUAAUGUGCUCAGAGUCAAGCGUGAACUGAACAAGACGAAGCUGGUCGCAUCAUGUAUCGUACAGACAGAGCCUUGCAACUGCCAUUGAGUUUAUCUGCUCAUCUUGGAGUUUCUGUUAUACGUUUCUAAACUUUUACUCGUUGUCUCUUUCCAAGGACUGACCUACCAUGUCUACUACAUAUUGGAUAUCCUAAAUAUCCUCAAAAACUCUCCUAAGUUUAUGAGAUAUAUGGUCUAAAUGGCUAUUAGUUAUUGUCUAAAAUUUGCAAAUUAUCAUCUAAAGUUUAUCCUGUUUAUACU